GCCGCAGAUACAGUAUCUGUAGCUGAAAGUAAAAAUAAAUAAACUACAGGCACAGGCAAAGAUGCUGGCAGUGGACUGAUAACCUUUCGACCCCCCACUGCCUGUUAUCAAUCGGCGAAUGUAUCUGUAUCUGGUGGCCCUGUUUGCCAAUCGAACAUUAUGCGCAGUUCGAUGGAUGUGGCUUUUAAUUAGCCCAGAGCCUCGUGUAGGCGGCAGAUGUAUCUCGCGAAUGCGAGCAUAUGUAUCUUGCGAGUGCGAAUGCGAAGCGAAUGCGUGUCACUGGGUGAGAGUCUGUGGCAGGCGGAGCAGUUAGUUCAAAGCAGCAAAGCAGUGCCAGUAACACUUGCCAGUUACAUUUUCGCAUUCGCAUUUGUCUUAUGGCAUUUCGUUUUAAUUACAAUAACAAAAACAGCAAAAGCAACUGCAACAGCAACAGCAACAGCAAGAAGAGCAGCAAAAGCCGUCCCAGCAGCAACUAGACAGCCAGCAACUUUCAAAAGAUGCUUUCAUUUUGCAAGAAGUGAUUCUAAAUGAUUGUCAACUAUGGCAUGACAACAAACAGUGGCGCAAAUAGUAAGAGCUGCCAUGUCGGCCUGGCAUUUCACUCGGAAAGUGCAUUCCAAUCUAACAGAUACAACAUUGGCAGCAUCUUAGCAGCACAGCCCGGUAGCUUGGUAGCCCCGGCAGUAGAGAUACUUUUUGUUGGACCUACUUAAGCCCCAAGUCUUUGACGUUUUUGCAAUAAAAGAAAAUACAGAAAAAAAACUUGUAUUUACCAUUUUUGAUUGAUUUGAUGGAAAUGUGUCUUUGCCGCGAUUUUGCACGUCGUUGCAGCUUCUUCGUGGUAGCCCGAUGCUGUUGCUUUUCCAAUCUCUCGAACAAGUCGAAGCCCCACUCAUGUCUCAUUAUAGUUAUGGACAUAAUAAAAUAAAUACUACUACCAACAAUUAUAAAUGCAAGCGCAUUUGCUGCCGCUUUCGCAGCUGAGCACCACUAAGCCGAGUCUUGGCAGACUCUUGGCGGAAGAAAACACGACAUGACAUAAAUACUUCAACUUGUCGGGUCUUCUUUCCCUCCCAGCACCUAGCCUUUCUUCGAUGUGAUUCGCCGUGAAGUUUCUACAAUUCAGAAUUUCCACCCUACGUAACUAAAGGCCUACGGCUUAAGAUACACAUAUCUAAUGGUUUGGAUGGGUUAUCAAUCAAACCGAUUAUACAAUAAUAAUACACUGCUUGGGUGUGGCUCCCCACAAGUCUAUUGUUGUGGCAAGUAGCAGUACCUGCCAGAGCUCGAAUUUUGUUGCCACGGCAGCUCUGUACUUCAAUCUGUCGCCUGGCUUUUAUGCAAAUUGAAAUGAGUUGGCUUUGCAACGUCUUUUCUACAGAAUAAUUGUCACUGCGUGCAGCGCAUAAUGAGCAUCAGCCAGGAGUAGCAAGUGGAAGGGGGUUUGGAAUGGAAUUGGGAUUGGGAUUGGAACUGGAUGGGUUUGUCAGGGCUCAGUGCCUAGACAAAAGCGCAUUCCUUGCCAUUUCAGCCAUUAAAGGUGAAGGUGUGGGUCUCAGGCAGGUUGCAAGUGUCAUUCAGGUUGUCUGUCGGAAAAGUAUCCAAAUAGUUCUCAGCCAGGUUAUUGUGUGGCAUAUUGAAUUGCACAGUAAGAAACUAUUUACUCAAAUUCCUUGCACUCUUUGUCCUUUCUGCAAUACUAAUUACAGGGAGAUCAUUUCAAAGGGUAAUUUACAAAACAUAUCACUUGUAAAUCAUAUGUAGUAUAUCAUAUAUAUCUUGUCCGAUUCGAUCAAGAAUUCCUGUUGAAUUCGAAGUGUUAAUUAAUGGACUGGACAUGGGGUUUCUUUGACCACAAAAGCCUCGAUAUGCCGGAACAUUCCAGACCGAUAUAGUUGCCUACCAGCCUCCCGAUAUUGUGCAUAUAUUAAGCCGUGGGGACAUGGUAGUUGGGGCAAAAAAAUGCAGCAUAAUUGAAAUGUUGCACCCAUUAGAAAAGGAACUGCCUCUGUGUGUGUGUGAUUUAAGAUAUUUAUUAACCUUGCUGGGAGCCAUUUAUCUAGCAUGAAAUGUCGGCAAUUAAAUGCAAUGCAAAUAGCCAGACCGAAGCACAGAAACGGCAAGAACUGCACACAGAAUUGCCCCGUCACGAAGCGACUAAGAGCAACAGAUACAGAUACACACAGACACUGUUGCAAAAUAAUGAGUGAAACAACAGACCCAAACAGAAGGCAGGGGGCGGACAGGAGGACUGGCGGGCUGGCGGGCUGGCGAUGUAAAAAUAAGCAGAAAUAAGUCUUGUCUCUUUGACAGCUUAACCCACGCAUCCAAGAAAUCGUAGAUUGUAGCGUGGUUGGAGUCGGGCAGGGGGAAUUGACAGUGUAUUUCUAUCUACGCCUGUGUAUCUGUGUAUCUGCGAGUGUGCUUAUGCUGUUGACAGCGCACUUCAACGUGGCCAUAACCCCUUAGCCCCCAUCCCACAUACCAACUACAUACAACUGAAUAUAUACGUACAGUAUCCAGUCCCUAAGCGCGCGAAUAAAACGAACAUUCAUUAAACAAACAAUUUGCGACCAGAAAAUGGAUGGAAAGAAGUGGCGACGGGGGAUCUGGUGGAGGAGGUGGUGCUGGGUUUCAGUUUCUAUUCGUGGCUUUUGCCAGCUCCAUUGCCAUAAUGCGAUUAGAACAGAUUACCUGACAAUUGUCGCCAGUCGGAGCCAGCAACUCAAAGGCGAACACCUGAGGUUAGGUCUGUGCUGCAUUAGCAUAGUUUGUUUAUUUAGUUCAAAGAUACAUAUAAAUUAAUUUAAAUAUCACCUGGCCAUAACUCAACUUCAGGCCAUGUCACUACCCAAGGCCUUCAAAGCUGCAGUUGCAACAGCAUACGACUAUAUAGUAUGUACCCUUCACUCGCAACCUUUUGUCUGAAUCUGUAUCUGAUUUUGAUUCGGAUUCCGAUACUGAAUCUUUUCUGAUUCUUUUCUUUUUUCUGUCUGUGGUUCUGGAAACCCAAGGUUUCCUUUGUCUAUUUGGGCCGCGCCCCGUGUAAGAUCUUGUUAAGUGCGGCUAUAUGGAUAUAUGGCUGUAUAGCCGUACGGCUAUAUAGAUCGGUCGUGAGUUGGCCUUAGGCGUUGGCCAUUUCAUUCGUUCCAUUUAUUAUCUGCGGGUACGACAAUAAGCUGCCAGCUACUCGAGUGCUAUCUGAUCGCAGCUUUUAAUAAUGCUUUUGUCGUUCUUAAAACGUAAACUUGAUUUUAUUAUUAGGCAAAAACCACACAAAACUAUGGUAUUUGUUAGUGUGUGCGUGCCAAUAAAUAUGCCACAUUCUUGACUGUGGCUUCGACUUGUUCUAAUGAAUUUUGUUUGAGUUGACCAGCCACAAAAAUCAUAAAACUUGUUUCUCUAUUGCUUUUUUGCGGCUCUGCCUCUGUCAAAUAUUUUCGAUUUAUAACUCUCUUUCCCAAUGUUAUUGUUGCUAAUUCCAGCAAGGGUUUUUCAAUUUACUUGCCCAAAAGGGAAAUCAAAUCUACUGCUGCUGGUUUUGACAGUGCGGCAAAAUAUUUGCCUUAACUUCAACUUCGUCUUUGAUUUCGACAGCGGCGUCAUCACAUGUAGUCUUAGCCCGGUCCGAUUUUAUUUAGCCUGCUUCGAUUUGCUUUUCUGUUUGCUCAUUGUGCUUCAGCUUCUGCUUUGUUUUUAUUGGAAAAAUGAAUUUUUAUCAGCCAGCUGGCAUUUUAAUAAAUUGGCCAUAUUCAAUUUAUUUGCUUGUUUGAAAUGAGUCAGCUCCGGAGUUAUGGAAUUUUGGCUGCUCAAAAUUGUUAUUAUUUAAUUGGAAUUCAAUUCUUUUCGGUGCCGGUGCGUGUCAGGCAAAUGAGUUCUGUCUUUUUGAUGCUCUGUGGCUUACAUUUGAAAUGAAUAUUCUUGGAUAUUAUUUCCAAAUGAGUGGCAUUAGUCAGCACGGACAUUGCGAUCGUUUUUCCCGAUAAUAGAUUCCAUCGCAGCCAGUGUUGCCGGUCUUGGUGUAUCCUGUUUCCGGGCAGGUGGAAAGCCCAGAAUGCCCAGAUUAACAUACGAGCAGUGUAGCCCCUUCACUCUUUUUCUCCCGAACCACUUGAACGACCUCUCACCCACACCUCACUCACAAUCGGUUCUGGGCCUUUGUAAAGUUACUUUAAAAAUAGAACCGCCGGCUAAAUGUGUCUAUAAUGGCGCUGUGGUUUUUCUAAAAAUACAGCCCAAACACCAAACACCUGACAGUAAGAGCCAUGCCAAAUCCUAAUUGCUGCCGGGGCUCAUUGUUUUUCUGACACCAAUCGCUUGGUGAUCGAUAACAGGCACAAAACAACCAAUUUGUGACGUCCGAUAUUGGCGGAUGGGCGCGGGUGCUGCGGCUAUAUUUAUAAGCCGCCGACAUGUAUGAAUACUGGCAUAAAUGCUUCGAUAUUUGAUUCUUGGCUGGGCUGGCAAACAAAAAAGCGUUUAUUGACAGCCGCCCGAUGUCGGACACGCCAAUGAAAUAUUACCAGCUAAGCAAGCCAGAAAAAAAUGCCUUUUGUCUGCACUGGGAACUCCGAUUCUGUCAGAAAUGAGCUGAGCUUGUUUUCUCGCUUUUUGUAGAACGAGAUUUAAUUAAAAUUUACGAGUACGAAACAUGAUUCAGUUUGCCAAUGGCUUUGUGCUGGCGCUGGUAGGAGAUCCAGGUACCCACAGAGCGGAGCUGGAAUAACCCGAGUGAUCUAAUUCGCCAGCUGCGAGGAUUUCUCAGGGCAGUCGAUAAAUCAAAGUCUCUGGAUGAAAUUCUAAUUCUGACCGCUUUUAUUACCCCCAGAUAAGAUUGUUUGGAGGAAUUACCUAUUCUUCGGGCGGGACCUUUUCCUCCUGCCUCAAUUUAUGACGGUUAAUGGCCGUAAAAUGUAAUGGAAUAAUAGUUUUUAUAGAGCGGAAUUUUUAUAAACUGUUGUAGUUUGUCGGCGAGUAGUUGGAGUUUAUAACAAGUAUAGUUGACAUAUUCGCAGCCUGUCUGGCCUUUAAUGGUCCAUAAAAGGCCCGUAGCAGCUUAAUUUGCACAAACAUGCACUUUUUGCCUAGCAAUCACAUUUUUUUAUGGCCAAUUCCGAAUGAGUCAUUGGCUGCAGCUGCUGAAUCAUGUCCUUCGGAGGGAGGGGCAUAUGCCGUAUGGAGUUCGACUUCCAUUAUUUUUGGGUAAAGUCCCUUGGGCCGCUUAGAUAUCGCUCUAAUAAUAUGCAGAUUACGCAAGGUAAUCGCUAGCGAAAUCGAGGCAAAAUGUUUGCGUUAGCAAUUAGCGGGCAGGCGAGAAAAGCGAACUGAAAUCACUCAUACGCCCCGUUGUCGAACAAUUAAAACAUACGAGUGGAAAUUGUAAUAACAUCGUGACUAGUUAGAAUUAUGGCGUCGUCGCCGAGCCAAUAACAAUAAUAAUACUCUUCCGCUCGCCCCCAGAGAGCCCAGAACUGAAAGUACUUGUCGGAAAAUCCAGUAUGAGCUGUAUUAUUAAUAAUAAGCGCACAGCGCAUAGCAAUGGGGCUCCCAGUCCCUUCGGCCCCCUCCCUAUAAAUUUUUUAAGGCCCCAUGCGACAGAGUCGAUGCAUUGGGUUGCUUAAUGAAAAACCAGUUUCUCGCAGCUAAAAAUUGGUAGCGCAUUCAGGCUAUAUUAGCAUUGCCUUCUUUUAUGACGCUUUGCAAAUAGAGGAGAAAACAAAAAAAUACAGAAAAACUGCGAGAUGAGAGAGGGUGGUAAAGUACAGACAUCUAUGUGAGAGAACGCUUUGAUUUUGAUCUAGUCAUUGUUUGGAGCUCGUAAAAAAAGCACACAGAGUGGAUUUAGACAGAGCCCUGCCCUCGUCUAGGGGGCUUUGGGUUUUUUUGUGGCGUCACAAGCCGAAGUCACAGCUUGAUAAAUGAGAAAAUCAAUGGCACUUCGGGCUUAGUACCUAACUUGCUCUUGUAUCGGCGGCUUCGCAUCUCGCCACCAUAUAUCGCCCCGCUGGAUAGAACAAUCUAAGGUUAAGAACAAUCCAAGCUCGAAACCAUCAACAAACAACAAACAGAAACUGAAACAGAGAUCCCAAGUCCGAAAACAGAAACCGAAUUUGUAGUCGCAUUCGAAAAAAUUUCCAUACAUUGUUGCUGGUCAGAUGCCGCACAGCCCACAGCUGAAGCCACUUCAGUUCCAGGCCCAGACGCCUCCGGAUCAGUUCGCAUCUUAUGCCGAUCACUUUGACCUAUCGCUGUUGCCGCAGGAUCCCGCUCCUGCCCCCAUUCCUACCACUGUCUUUCAGUACAACGCUCCCCAGAUCAAGGUCGAGUGUGCAUGGGACGGCCCACAGCAGCAGCCACAGCAUCAACAGCAGGCUCCUUCGUACAGGACAUCCUCCCACCAGCUCAUACCACCUCCGCCCGCCUACCCGCACAGCGCCUACCCCUCCCCACAGUCCAGUCCCCUGCAGUCGGAGUUCGCCGCCUACGGUUUUGGCAAAUUCGGGGGCAGCUACGACAGUCUUAACAGCCUGAGCAGCCCCUCCCCCUCUCUGGAAAUUAAGCAGGAGCUGCACAUCUUGCCGCCUUCACCGCCAGAGUCCAACUGUGAGACCCCCUCGCCACGCUCCUCCUGCGGAGAGAACAUAAAAACUGAGCCCCUGGAUGCGGACAUCGAGAGUCUGAUUGACUUGAACUCGCUGCUCCAGCAUCAGAAUAUUCAGAGCCCACCCACUGAUACUAAGCCCGAUCACCAAUUGCUCCGCGAGUGCCUGGAGGACACGAGCUUCCAGAAGCGGCACAAUCUGAAGCCACUGGCUCUGGAAUCCUUCAUUGGCGGCUUGGCUGAGGUGCGCGGUGACUUUGAGCCUGUGAUCUCACUGGCCCUGGAGCAUGCCAAGCGGGAGGCCGAUGCCAUUUGCGCGGAGCUGCAAAUAUCGCAGGAUCCAAAUGGCUGGUCUCCCGUCCAGGUUCAUGCAUGGCUUCGAUCCACCCUGGCUCAGUUCGGCCUACCGCCGGUGACCGACUUGGAAUUGCAAUUCUGCGAAAACGGCGCCGCUCUUACAUUACUCAGCGAAGAGGAAUUUGUCCGUCGCAUGCCUGAGAGUGGGAGUACGCUGCACGCCCAGCUGGAGAUUUGGAAGAUGGCCUACGCCGACCAGCCCGCUCAACAGCCGCAUCAGCAGAACCAGCAGUCGCACCAGUCCGCCCCGGCUGAUCUUUGGCCUGCCAACUUUGGGAUUCCCAAUUUGGACAUGGACUACAACGAGGACAGCGAAGAUGAUGAUGAAAUGGAGCCAGAGGUGGUGGUUACUCCAAUCAACAGCAGCGCGACUGCAACGAACACGACCACGCCCACAACAGGAACGAAACGUUCAAACGGUACACGUACUGGAGGCGGUGGAUCUCAUAUCCAUCUGUGGCAGUUCCUCAAGGAGCUGCUGGCAGCGCCGCAGGUGAAUGGAACUGCCAUCCGGUGGAUCGACCGUAGCAAGGGCAUCUUCAAGAUCGAGGACUCCGUGCGAGUGGCCAAGCUAUGGGGCCGGCGCAAGAAUCGUCCGGCAAUGAACUACGACAAGCUGUCCCGGUCCAUAAGGCAGUACUACAAGAAGGGCAUCAUGAAGAAGACGGAGAGAUCGCAGAGGUUGGUCUACCAGUUCUGUCAUCCCUACAGCCAGUAGUGGUCCUUUAUUGUAGGAUUAUCUAUAGUUUAGGGCUAUUUAUUGCUAGUUGUAGGGGCUGUCACCCCUUGUUGACCCGUGACCCAGACCCACCUUGUUGUCCUCCCAACUACGCUCGACUAGCCGCUGGGGCCUAGCGAGUUGUAGUUCCAGUAGUUCUUGUACAUAACACCCAUCUUGUUAGGCACGAAGGUAAGUUCGUGCAUCGAUUAAGUUUGGCUCUAAGCUUAAGGCUCAAACCCAGGUCCUCCAGGCGAAGGUAAGUUCGCCGGGGCAGAGGUUUUAAGUUACCCCCUCCCCUCGAAUUUCGAUCCCAAUCUAGCGGCAGUCUAAUCCGCAUCCUGCAGUCGUUUGGCCGCAGAUGCGUAUGUUUUGAUUUACCGGCGACAUCUUUAUUCAACUGCUGCCUUAAUCAGCGCAGGAAGUCUCUCCGAAACGUCCUUACCGGUUUCCACACAGGGCUGGAGCGCCAUUAGUAGUCCGAGGCGAAAUUGGCCAAGUGAUCCACUUGCAGCCCUGUGAGAUCCCGCAAGGACUAUCCCCUGUCGAGCAACCUGUGUCGGGCAGCAUGAAGGUGUUGCGGUAAUUUUAGGAACCAUAUAUCUAUGAUAUAUCAAAAGUAAGUUCUAUGAACCACUUAAUAAGCGAACAAAAAAAAGUUAGUCUUAAGCGCCCCGAUUAGCCAUAGGCCUCCUUGAAAGUUUUUUCUCUUCACCACACAGCCAAGUUAAAAAUCUUUCGACCUCAUCCGAUUUAUUUCGUUUCUAAAUCUAGUUUUAAAACCAUUCAUCGAUAUCAAUUAUUUAUUUCGUACCGGGUGGUGGUUUAAUUAAGAACACUUUGUUUCCCUCUACAUUUUGAUUAUUUUCAAUUAGCAUAAUUCGCGCAUAAUUCUGUCUAGUUUUUCGUGCAUGUGACGGGUAGCGAGUUUAAGUUAAUUUUAAUAUUUAUUUUUCUGGCCAGGCCGAGCGUCUAGUUGAUGCAAGUCAAUUAUUUUGUUUCUAUUUGCAUUCGCAAUAAUGCAGGCGUUUUAAUUGAAUUAUGCAAUCGCCAGUUGGCAGCUAGGCUUAUUUGUUAACCAAAUAGAACAGUUACCGUUUAUGAUAAUGAUUAUAUACAUACUCUCACAAUUAAUUAGGAUGCACACAUAAGCCAGCAUAGCUUGGCGACUAGAUUUAUGUAAGCUUUUUCGAAACUCGAAUUAUUUAUUUAUUUAUUCAACUAACAUAUUGUCAUGAUACACUAUUUUAAAAUAAUAAAAAUCACUGCAAAAACCAA